GCCCCCUCCCCUCCCAGCCCUUCCUGAUGCUCCGUCCUCCACGUCCGCCGCCGGGAUGGGACGAGAGGAUGCGGGGACACUGGGAACAUGAGGAUGAAGGACAUGGGGAUGUUGGGAUGUAGGGUAAAGGAGUGUGCAGGUGUGGGGACUUGGAAUCAUGUGGACAGGGGGAUGGAGGGAUGCAAGGAUGGGGGGAUGGGGGCUACGUGGAUAUAGGGGUAUGUGGGACAUGAGGAGAAGGAGGUGGAACACAGCGACUCGAGGGCAUGGGGAUAUGUGGGAGGGUGUGAUGGGGACACAGGAAUGGGGGAUAGGCAGAUAUGGAGACUGAAACAUGAGGACAAGGGGACAGAGGACAGUGGUAAGGGGACAUGGGGACAUGAGAACACAGCAUAAGGGAACAGGGGGACAUGGGGACGCAAGAACAGCAAGACACAGGAACAGGAGGAUGAGGAAAGGGACAGGGAGACAAGGGACACAUUGGCAUAGAAACAGGGGGAUAUGGAGACAGGAGGACAUAGGGAGCCCUGCAACCCUGCUGCUGAUGGGGACAUGGGGAGCGCUGUGCUGUCUGCUGUGUGGGGACAGGCAGGGCAAUGAUCCCAAUGAUCCUGUGGUGUGCUGGCAGCCCCAUUCUGUAUCAUAUGGAAAGGGUGCAGCUGCCAGCUUGGCUGAGCCCUGCCAUGGGGAUACGUGUGUGGUGCUGUGCAGUGCCACAGUGCUCCUCAGUACCCCAUGUCCCCUAUGUCCCCCACACCCUUCUGUCCCCAUCCCCCUUUAUUGCUCACUUCUCCUUCUGCUGUCACUUUCAUCCCGUGCUCUGCCCCCACAGGGCUCCCCGCUGUCCCCUCUACCCCUCCAUGGCACUUUGGCCGUGGUUUGGCAUUUUCCAUGCAUGAUGCUUUGUCUGGGAUUGUGUCACCAAGCUGUCACUCCCCUCUGCUUCAGGAAGACACAGAGAGUUGAGGACAUGGAGUGGAGCCACCCAGCACCUAGGAAGGGGAUAGAGACAAAUCAGGCUCCUCAGCCCAAUAGCGCCAUUGGACUCAGCGCAUGUCUGCUUGCUACAGAUAUAUCUUUGCUGCCCUUGCAGCUGUGGUUUGCAAACCAUCCCUUCAGAGUUACGUAGCACCUGCUUCCUCCUUCCUGUGUCUGGAAAGCCCCAUCUUUGCAUGUCUCAGUGACAUCCGCGAGACGGUCACACAUUUUGCCUGUGUCCACAGUGGACAAAGGCAGCGCAUGGACAAGCGGCAGAGGAGGAAGAGGAAGGGCCUGGUGGACAUCCUGCUGUGGUAACGUGUGGCAGGGCCAGCCCUGCCCGUGGCACUAGUGGGGACGCAGCUUUUGCAGAGGCCACCCCACAGAUAUGGCUCAGCUUGUGUCAUCGCAUGGCUUUGCUGGCUUUGGUGUCACCCUCCUGCUCGGCUUGGCCACACAGCUGCCCCUGGCACACAGCAAAGGGCGGGCAUUUUGGCACCUGACCCCCCGUGAAGAAGCUGAGUGCCCAGACGCCUCUCUGGAAUCCUUCCUUAACAGCACCACGACCACCAUCCUUCUCCCCACCCUCUACUCUGUGGUGCUGCUUGUGGGGCUGCCUGCCAACAUAUUGGCCUGCUGGGUCCUGGCCAAAAACUUCAGGAGGUGCUCCAGUAGCCUCUUUCUGCUCAACCUGGCUGCUGCUGAUCUCCUCUUCAUCUUUCUGCUGCCCUUCAAGAUCUCCUACCACCUCCUGGGCAACCACUGGCUCUUUGGGGACUACCUCUGCCGCACCAUGGUGGCCCUUUUCUAUGGGAACAUGUACACCUCCAUCCUCUUCAUCACGUGCAUUGGUGUGGAGCGCUAUGUCUCUGUGGCCCACCCGUUCCUCUGGAAGGGCUCCACGGGGAUGUGGGGCAGGGCAGGUGUCUGCGUGGCCAUCUGGCUGCUGGUGGUGCUGAGUGUGAGCCCGCUGCUGUUCUACCCACAGACAGAACACAUCUCGAAGCUGAACAUCACGACGUGCCAUGAUGUCCAAGGGAAAGACAAUUUCUUCCGGCACUAUUUCCUCUGCCUGGUGGGGCUGGGCUUCGGUGUUCCCUUUAUGCUCAUGAUCAUCUCCCAUGGCUGCAUCCUGGCUCGGCUGCUGGUCAAGCAGGAGAGCUACGGGCAUGUGGUGCGUGUCCUGGCUGUGGUCCUGUUGGCCUUCCUCCUCUGCUUUACCCCCAGCAACGUGCUGCUCUUCAUGCAUUACCUGCAGCAGGACACGGGCUGCAACAAUAUCACCUACAGCUGGUACACCCUGGCCUUGGCCUUCAGUGCUUUUAAUAACUGCUUUGAUCCCUUCCUCUAUUUCUACAUCUCCAAGGAUUUUCGGGGCUGGAUAUUGGAGGCUGGCUGCUGCCUCUGGGGGCUGGGGAAAAGGGGGGAAUGGAAGAAAACAGCCUUGCCCCUGCGGUCCAGUGAGCAGAGCCAGCUGUAGGCAGGGCUAGAGACACUGUGCCAUGUUCUCCAUGUGAAGAAGACCCUUUUGCAGCUCCAACCCAGAGUUACCCCCAGCUAACCCUAUGCCGUUGGGAACAGCCCCAAAAGGGACAGAGUCACUUCUCCAAGACCUCUGUUAUCCUCCUAUUGCACAGUCCCGUCCCUGUCUCUGCCACCCCCACCUUGCCUGGUGCCCUCCUCACACACCUUGCAGUUACUGAACCCCUUAGAAUCCAAAUAAACCUUUAUUUCUCCCUGA